AUGGACUGGAAUGAGCUACAGAACCGGGUUCUCUCCCAACAAAGGGACUUGAUGAGCGCUUAUCGCGACGCCCAGGCUGCCAGGGUCAUGGAGGUGCACAAGGCCCAGGACCUGCACAUGGCUCGGGUCACUCGUCAGGCCGAUCCCCUGCUGUCUCGACAACAUGCUCGAGCCAACGCAGUGAUGCACAGGAGUGAGAGAUCUGUAGACAGCUGCAUCUCAGAGCAGUCCAGAUCCUCCCCAUGGACACCUCCCUUCACCCCUCCACCAUCACCAACAUCAAGUGAUGGGUACGGCAGCUGCUGUUCGGACGAGCUGAGAUCGUCACCAUGGACUCCUCACGGCACUCCCAGUCCAUCAGAGAGUCUCAGUGUAGACAGCCGCCUCCCAGAGGCGCUGAGGGGACUACUGUCCUGGAGCCCAAGUCCUCCACCAGCUCCCCACUGCUCUGUCCCAGACAGCCUCAGACCCGACAACCACACCCCAGAGGAGCUGAGGAGACUGCCGCCCUGGACCCCAAGUCCUCCACCUGCUCCCAGAAGGCGUCUCCCUCAAGGGAAUGGAUCGUACAUUCCCAGACUCUUGGCAAACAGAGACGUGAAACGUUUGGCAAACGGGCAGGAAGUGUUCACCGCCAAGAAACAGGUGGAUGAACUGAAGGAAGAAUUCCAGCGGAUUCUAAGACGCAACAGUUACCGGACAAUCACAUGCAGGAGAGCGGUCCACCACAUGUUGGAUCAGGUUCUGGAAGACCUGAUGCAGACUGUCCGGAGAAUGCAAAGCUCCCGCCACCACCAGAGCUUUGCUCCUGCCCCAAUCCGUCCCACGGUGUUUGUCCCACGGCCCCUGACCACACCGGCCCCAAAGUCCCGCCGCCGAAUCCGCGUAACUCCCGUCCACAGAGGAGUUCCAUUGAGAUCCACAAUGCAGGUUCUGGAACACAGUGGCGGCCGGCCAAUAGAGGGCGCUAGGGCGCCGCCCCACCACUCACAACUUGCCAUGUUACCUUGA